CGCGUCGGGGUCGCGACGCUGUGGAGUACGGUUAUCACCGAGGGAGCGCGCGGCGGCGGCGGCCUCGGGAAAUGGAGGCUGGGCUGGAGGAGGCGGAGCGCUAUGUCGAAGCGGCGCAGCGUUGUUUAAAAUGCGGUGAGCGGCAGGAGGCCCUGCACUACCUGUACCGGGCACAGCAAAGGUAUCCCACCCAGCGAGCUAAAGCACUAAUCCAAUUAAUUGUUAGAACUGGAAACUCAGCUGGCUGGAACUGUGACCGGGAUACAAAUAACGUUGCACACAAAUCCAAUAGAUUGAAAAGGUGUGUGAAUGCACCUACAGGAAUCGGUGAAGCUGCCAAGAGUUACACUCGAGAGCAGCUGGAGGGUGUACAGAGGAUAAAAAGAUGUAAGAAUUAUUAUGAAAUUCUGGGACUUAGCAGAAAUGCAGAUGAAGAAGAAUUAAAAAGAUCCUACAGGAAGCUGGCAUUAAAGUUUCAUCCUGAUAAAAACUGUGCUCCUGGUGCAACAGAUGCAUUUAAAGCAAUAGGAAACGCAUAUGCUAUUCUGAGUAACCCAGAAAAAAGAAAACAAUAUGAUGAAUAUGGAGAGCAACCACCAACUGUCCAUCGUCCUUAUGCUGGUGGUUCAAAUUAUUACAGAGAAUUUGAAGCAGAUGUAACGCCUGAAGAUCUGUUCAACAUCUUCUUUGGUGGAAGAUUCCCCACAGGUAAUAUUCAUGCCUAUACAAAUGGAACAACAACAUACACCCAUAUUUACCGCCGGCGUCGUUAUAUGAAUGACCAUGUGGAAGAAGAAGAACAGGAGGCUAGAUCUCAGGGAACAUAUUCAGUAUUUUUGCAGCUGUUGCCAAUAUUUGUAUUAGUUCUUGUAUCACUUGUCGCCCAGUUAACAGUGAUCAACCCUCCUUACAGUCUUUACUACAAACCGUCAUUGGGCCAUAUUCUGUCCAGAGAAACUGAACGUUUUAAAGUAGAAUAUUUUGUUGACAAAAGAUUUGAGAAAGACUACCAAGGCAUAGCCCUACAAAACAUGGAAAAUAAAAUUGAGAAGGACUAUAUUGACCACCUUCAAAAUAGCUGCCGGAAGGAGAAACAGCAGAAAGCUGAUCUGCAGAACUUAGCCACUUUAUACAGGGAUGAACGCCUGAAGCAGAAAGCUGAAUCUCUUAAGACUGAGAACUGUGAAAAAUUGUCCAGGCUUGUUGAACUUCAGAGGGGUGGAUGACAACAAUUGUAGCUUCAUGUCACAAAACGUGGAUUAAAAUAAAUGAAGAAGGUUCUAUUCUGAGAUUUAAUAUCAGAUACAAACUUUAAUUGAAACAUAAAUGCACUUUUUAAAGUGUCAUCAUACGUGGUUCUAAGCAGAAAAUCAUCAAUUGAGAUUAUUGGCUAAGUUAAAUUGUUUCAUAGUGAGCACUAAGGCUUUUACUAAUCUUAGGUCAGUACUUCCUUUUUGCACAUGGGGAAUAUUUAUUUAUUUACAUUUAGGGUAGAUUGUUUUAAUUUAUUUCUGUAGUUCUGUGUCUCACUCCAAUUCUAAACUCGUUUGAACGUUUUGAACAUGAAUAGUAUGGAUUUGUAACACAUUACUGACUAGGUAUUGACUGAAAAGUGUUUUCAUUUUUUUCUAAAUGUUUUAAUUGUAAUUAAAGUAUAGUACAUUAUUAAUAAGGCAUUCUCCAUAUUGAUCAGUUUAAUUAUUUAAUCACCACAAACAUGUAGAAGUUGUCAUAUUUGAAGCUUUCCAAUUUUCUACAAUUUUUUUAAAUUCCAAGGUUAUUGUCACAGAGGGUUUGCACAAUGAAAAUUCUGAAUAGUGCAAAAGUGCCAAUCGAAGAACUUUUUUUAUUUGGAAAGAGACUUGACUUAAUCAUAUUCUAAAAGGUGCAAAGUCAGUAAAUACUAUUUAAUGGGUUUGUGCCGCUGAAUAACCUUUCUAACAACAAAUUUCUGAAUAAAAAUCAUUUGAGAUGUUGAUUAAAUACAGAGAUAAUUUUAACAAAAAUACAGUAUAAUUGGAGCUAUCAUGUUGAGGAGCCUUUUCCACCAAUUGCAUGUGGUAUACAAAUUAAAGUAUACUUGUUUGUAUUAAUAUAUUUUAUAAAUAUCGUUCCAGAUUUGCAACUAGUGCAGGAAUUGUUGUAUGUUAUUAUUUAAUGUAAUAUUUAUUGAAAGCUAUCAUACUAAGAUAGUGAAAUUGCAUGCAGUAAGGUAUAAAUUAUUAACUGAAUAAAUCCCAAGUACAAUAUUUUUCAGUGGAAUUAUUGUAUUUUGAGGUUUAAACAAAUCAACCAAUUGAUAAACAUUGUAUAGUAUCUAAUUUCACAAUAUCAAACCUUUGAAGCUAUUGGAAUAAAAUUAUUUUUCAAUGGUGAAUAAUUCAGUUUAAAAAAAGUGUAGUAUUUGGUUAGCUUAUUCUUUUGUAGAUUUGCCAGGCGUAUGCUAUGCUACAGCUUCAUCUACAUUGUAUAAAUGAUUGAUUUUCUACUGAUACUAAUAGUUGGCUUAUGUAUGAAAUCUUAGUACAAUCCCCACCACUUGCAACAUCAUUUAUUGGUCACAAAUACUGAUAUUGACUGUUUGCCAUUAACACUGAUGAUAACAAAGCAGCAUGAAAGUGCAACUAGAGACAAUCAGAGUGAUAGUUCAGGCAACUUCAUUGCUGAAUCUGGCCGAAGUCUUCAUUUUUAUAAGGAAAUUUGGAGACUUAUGAAUUUAACUAGCUCAGUUAUUUGAAUAUUAUUGUAUAGCUUUUUACUAUCUACCACAUAUUCAUUUAACAUGACCAAAUGAACUGUGUCUGGAUUCUUAUAGGGGUGAUGAGGGCUAUGGAGAGGUAUAUAGGAGAAUCAUGUGAGAAGUUGAGUGAAGUUUUUCUGGACGUUAAGAGCAACUGGUUGUGUUUGCAAACAAGAGUUUGGAGCGUAUAAAAGAGAUUCUUGCAUUUUUUUUUAGAGGGCAUUAUUGCAUGUUAGUGGUCUUAUUAACAACGAAUCUCACCUCAUUAAUAUGAACCUUCCUAUUAUAACAUCUGCCUCAAGGAAACUAGUUGACCAGUUACAUACAGACUUCUGUCUGGAUCUGGCAAUAUCAGACUUGCUGCUUGCUCCUGCAGGUUGUUAUCUUAGACAUGUGGCAACAAUAUCUCUUGAAAUGCUCCAUGGGAACCCUGAAGCAUGCACCCUACAUUCACAAAAGCUGGUAUCCUCUGUCAUGUUCUCAGGACUCUCAUGACACCUCUCUGAUUGCAAGAUACUUCUGCACUUUAAACCAGUGCCUUGGAGUGUACCAACAACUGGGAUUGAUAAGAGCUGUAAGAACAAUUUGUGUGCAGGCACAGCAUCCAGCUCAUGGAUUGAGCUAGGCUACAAUUCUAGAAACCUUGCUUACAAUCUUAGCACAUGCUCACUUAAUGCCUACCUAGAUUCUCACAGCAUCACUGCCUCCAUUCUUUUGCUAUGCCCUUUAAUGUAAUGGUGCUUCAGCCAGAGACUAAGCACUUACAGUAUUAUUGUGUUGUUUCAUGCAGACCCUUGACAAAAAUCCCUAUCAUUCAAAAUACUGCACCAAAACCCUGGACUUUUCAAAACUUUUAAAAGAAAAAUGGCAGCUGGGCUAUGCUCUGAGAACAAUAGACCGACACACAUAGCUGCCCGAAACCAUUGUUCAUUCAAAAAAUCCAAUUUACACUUCAACUCCAAAAGAACAAUUAACCAGACCUAGCAUUCUGGUUACCUGUGUGGCUACCCCAACCCAGACAUUAUGGGGCCUAUACAGAUACCAAGGCAUUCAACUUCGAUCAAUAUUCAUUCAGAAAGAUAACAGACAUUCCACUUAAUCAAAAUACAUUUGCAUCUACUUUUAUCUAUCAGGAAGUCAAUUGACCUCAAAAGAGAACACCAGUAACACAAUGGGCAACGCAGAUUUGGCAUGAAGAUAAUAGGCCCACAAUUAGUAUAAUUGCAGGCCUUGAUCUCACAUGAGAGAGCUAUCCCUGCAGCUACCCCCCCCCCUGCAGCUACCCCCCCCCCAAAGCUAUUCUCCCUGGCUAUCUUCCAGAAGAAGGAUCCACAAAAAUAAUUCUCCCAGAGAACUAUCUGCACAGCGAUCACGAAAAGUUAACACAGACCAGUACCAUACCCGUCGUCUGGCCACAACCAGCUGAUCUGAGCACCGACAACCUCCAAAAAGUACCAACACCACAAGGCCUCAGACACAUCCUGAGGUGAAAACCGACUCGCAAAAACCACCAGAAAGUGAGGAAAGCCAAGUACUCGCCUGAUAAAUCCAAUACAUGUCCUACCGUAUCAGCGGAUUCAACUCAGCCUGAAGGCCUAUACUGUCUGAAGUCUUCAUCGUGGCACUGGGUAUGGCAAACAGGACCAGCCACUUGUACUUCAAAAUUGUGAGUUCUCCCUAGUGGUAAGCUUAAUUCCUGAGACUCCAAAGAAUCCAAUCUAGCAGGGAAUGGGAGAUGGGUGGUUAGAGUGCAGUACAGAGUAGGAAGUCCAAAAAUACUUUUUGUGAUAAAAAUCUGCAGUUUAGUUCUAAUGCUAUUUAACCUAUAUUCACUUUAAUAGUGUAUCUAAUUACUUUCCUCUGUAUAAUUGUGUUCAUUUCACUGUUUCUUUGCACUUGCCUUUUAUUUUUUGUAUUAUGCUUACCUUUUUGUAGUUGAAUAAACAUAGAGAUUCUUUUGCCCUGAAA